AAAUUCCUGGUGUUGGUUCCAGCGCUGCCACUGCGACUGGACUGAUCUGGUCUGGUCUACUAAACUACUGCUGGAAGUACUAUUGGAGUGUAGUGUAGUGGAGUGUGUAUUCGCUCGUAUCACACCUCCUUUCCUUUCUCGCUCGCUCGGACGCACGCACGCACACGCACCCUCCAUCUAUCUCUCUCUCGUCUCUCGUGGAGCGGGCUUAGCGUUUUCCUCGAGAGUUGUCGACCAUGCUCUGGACCGCAGGUUGGUGAGGAGAGGAGUCGGGGCAUUAGAAAGAUGUGGAUCCUUCGGUUCAGGCCCGUAAGAAUUUGAUAGUGGUCGAGAAUCGGAAAGUCUGCGAGAGUGAAACGAGAAGAUGCAGGCCGGUGGCCAGUAUGGGGUGCCGCAGGAGUUCGUGGUGCGGUCAGCACCCGCACACAUGUUCACUCUCUCGCAUGAAAUGACACUUUCUCCCUCUACAGGCCACGGACACCCUCACCAUUUGCAGCAUGCCCAGCACCAUCAGCAGCACCACCACCCGCAACACCAACAGCAUCAUCACCCGCAGCAUCCCCAGCAUUCCCAACAUGCGCAGCACCCCCAACACCCCCAGCAGCAGCACCCCACGCAUCCACACCAGCAACCACACCAGCAACAUGCGCAACAUCAACAGCAUCAGCAGCAGCAGCAGCAGCAACAACAACAGCAGCAGCAACAGCAGCAGCAGCAACAACAGCAGCUGCAGCAGCUCGGCCUCGGUCCCGACUCGCCGGAAGCUCCCUCUCCCGUCGCGAGUCGCCCCUCGCCCACCAGCUAUAAACAGAGGGAAUCGCUCGGAGAAGACGAUGGUGGAGAGGAGGAAGGGAGGGGUACAGGUGGUAACCGUUGGCCGAGACAAGAGACAUUGGCUUUGAUUAAGAUUCGGUCGGAAAUGGAUGCCAAUUUCCGAGACUCCGGCCUCAAGGGACCUCUCUGGGAGGAUGUCUCGCGGAAGCUGGCGGAGCUUGGAUACCACAGGAGCUCGAAGAAGUGCAAGGAGAAAUUCGAAAACGUGCAUAAGUACUACAAGAAGACUAAGGAUGGUAGGGCUGGCAGGCAAGAUGGCAAAAGCUACCGGUUCUUUAGCCAGUUAGAGGCCCUAUAUGGCGGUGGGGGUGGGAAUAACCACAAUCAACAGGCAGACGGUGGAAGCAUGAUGCUAACAGGCGGAAGCGGAGGAGCGAUUGGUGGAGGAGCAGAAGGAAAUUUAUCCUCGCAACGGCCGGCUGAGAACAGCAGCGGAGUGCAAUUGUCGUCGGACUCCGAGGACGACUACGAUGAUCCGGGGGACAACGACGAGCAAGACAAGAGCAAGAAGCGCAAGCGCAAGGACGGGAGGCUGGGCAGUUCCAAGAUGAUGUAUAUUGAAGGUUUAGUGAAGAAGUUAAUGGAAAAGCAGGAGGCAAUGCAGCGCAAGUUUUUGGACGCCAUAGAGCGCCGGGAGCAGGACAGGUUGGUCAGAGAAGAAGCGUGGAAACGACAGGAAAUGGCUCGCAUGACGCGCGAGCACGAGCUCCGGGCGCAGGAGCACGCUCUGGCGGCCACCCGCGACGCAGCCCUGGUGGCUUUCCUGCAGAAGGUCACCGGGCAAACGCUGCAGCUGCCUCAGAUUGCCCCCCCGCCCCCGCUCACCGUGGUCGUCCCCGAGGCGCACCACGGAGCUGGGGUGGGCGCGGGCGGGGCUGGUGUUGGCGCCGGCGUGGGGGGCGCGGGCGCGGACGACCACGGCGGCGAGAAGGAGAGCUUCGAUCCCAACAGCAAGCGCUGGCCCAAGCCCGAGGUACACGCGCUGAUCCGGCUGCGCAGUCAGAUGGAAACGAGAUUUCAAGAGGCCGGCCCCAAGGGCCCUCUGUGGGAGGAAAUUUCGACGGGGAUGGCGUGCCUCGGGUAUAAUCGGAAUGCCAAACGAUGUAAAGAAAAAUGGGAGAAUAUCAACAAGUACUUUAGAAAGACUAAGGAGACGAAUAAAAAGCGGCCCGAUAACGCUAAAACUUGUCCAUAUUUCCAUCAAUUAGACAUGCUCUACCGCAAGGGCGUUCUGGGCAACCCUAGUAGCAAGUUAAACAAGCUGGACGACAACUCGGACGAAUUGUUAGAUCAUCCGAGCCAACGAGGGGAGGAUAGCGGGGGGCACGGUGGGCAGGGAGGCGGAGGUGGUGCAGGAGGGGAUGCUUCUGAAAUCCUGGCAAUGAUGCCGUCCGGUGAGGGCCCCGUGGGGCCGGGAGCAUCGACGAGCAAUGGCGGCGCAACCCAUUUCUUCUCUAGCCCUGACAAUGGGAGUAGUGGAGAUCGAGGCUCGAAGAAGGUAAAGAAGCCGGAGCAGAAUGUGUCUAGUGCUAGUAAUGGCAACCAUCUUUCUUCACUAGCGCUGAACUUUGACGGGCUGCGUGGUGAUGGCGAAACUUUUUCAGGGACUGACAAGUCGGUGAGGCUCGAGGGGUUGGUGAAGAGUCUGCUUGAACAGCAACAGCAACAACAACAACGGUUUGAGGAGGACUUUGAGAAGAGGGAGCAAGAGCGAGAGUUGAGAGAGCAUGAGAGGCGGCAGGAGGAGGAUUACCGCUUUGCUCAGGAGCGAGCUCGCACCUCCUCUCGCGACGUGGCUCUCAUGGCCCUGGUGCACAAAUUGGCCGCGGGCGAAUCCUCGGAAUUCGCCAUUUCUGCACCGUCGAGCUCGGAAUGAUCCGUCUCAAUCGUGACCCUUAGUGAAGUGAAGCUACCAGUGCUGUUGUGAAUUGAGGCUGUGUGAUUUGUUCAGGUGUUUUGGAUUUCAGACGUCGUCGUCCUCCUCGUCCUCGUCCAUAGGGUUCUCCAUUUGCCGUCUAUACGAAGAGAUGAAGUUGAAGGCGAAGAUGACGAAGAAGAACUUUAGAUGAAGUAGAAGAGGAGAAGAAGAUGAAGAGCGGGGUUUCCUUUGUACUAUAUGUACCAGUAUCUUGGGAGGGGGAUCCUAGUAGCUUGCUGCCAUGAUGAAACUUGACAACGUUCUUGAGAUUGAUAUCAGGAGUUUCCCAAUAAGCCAGGCUUUCCUUUGUGGCACCGCUCACCUCUCUUAGGUUUGUGAAUUGAAGAAGAAUACAUCACCCAUUGGUUCUUAGCGUGGCCAACACCCAUUUUCUUGAGAUUUCUGUCACUAGCUUGGAUUUCAAGAGCCUAUAAUAUCCUGAAAGGCAGCAGUACAUUUGUGUGCAUACAUUUAGUCAGGUCAGCUGGUGAAUGAUUAGGUUUAGGUUAGGUGACAGUUCCAAAUUCCGGGAACGAGGUAAAAUUACCGAGGCCUUGGUUCUUUCUUUGGAUCAAUUUGUGUGACUGCUGGAGAGAUAUUGAUUGGGUCUCUCGUACACUGAAAUUCUCCCC